CACCUGAUCAUAUUUUAUUUCGAUCCUCUCCCCCUCCGCUUCCCUAUAUUACCUCCUUUUACUUCUCUCCUCUCUCCAUCUCUCCAUUUCGCCUCAAACACCAUGGCUGGCCUAGUUACUGGUCCCGACACACGGAAGGAACUCCAUGCUUCGCAUGGUUCUGAUCAUGAGAACCGGCCUCCAACCAGUCAGUCUGUGUCGAAAAUAUGUCGAGUUUGUGGGGAUGAGAUUGGAUACAAGGAAGAUGGUUCGUUGUUUGUGGCGUGCCAUGAAUGCGGGUUCCCUGUUUGCAGGCCUUGUUAUGACUACGAAAGGAGUGAAGGGCACCAGAGCUGUCCCCAGUGCAACACCCGCUAUAAGCGUCAUAAGGGAUGUCCUCGAGUUGCUGGAGACGAAGAUAACUUCGAUGCAGAUGACUUUGAUGAUGAGUUUCCGAUUAAGAUCAAUGGCCCUGGAGAUUCUGAUAGGCAACAUGAAGUCAUUAACCACUCGGAAAAUGGGGACUACAAUCACCCGCAGUGGCAUCCAACUGGCUCGUUUGCAGGAAGUGUUGCUGGCAAGGAUUUUGAAGGCGACAGAGAGGCGUAUAGUAAUGCAGAAUGGAAAGAAAGAGUAGAGAAGUGGAAAGUCAGGCAAGAGAAGAGAGGUUUGGUGAGCAAAGACGAUGGAAAUAAUGAUCAAGGAGAUGACGACGAUUACCUUUUGGCUGAAGCCAGGCAACCAAUGUGGCGAAAAAUUCCAAUCCCCUCAAGUAAAAUCAGUCCAUAUCGCAUAGUUAUUGUUCUCCGGCUCGUCAUUCUUGCUUUCUUCCUCCGCUUCCGAAUCUUAACUCCAGCAUAUGAUGCUUAUCCCUUGUGGCUCAUCUCUGUAAUAUGCGAGACAUGGUUUGCCUUCUCUUGGAUACUUGAUCAAUUUCCUAAAUGGUGCCCCACUACCAGAGAAACUUACUUGGAUCGCUUGUCCAUGAGGUUUGAGCGUGAGGGAGAACCAAACCGUUUAGCCCCAGUUGAUGUCUAUGUCAGUACUGUUGACCCUCUCAAGGAACCGCCAAUCAUAACUGCAAACACAGUUCUUUCCAUCUUGGCUGUCGAUUACCCUGUUGAUAAGGUGAGCUGUUAUGUGUCGGAUGAUGGUGCAUCAAUGCUCCUUUUCGAUACACUAUCAGAAACUGCCGAGUUUGCCAGAGUAUGGGUGCCAUUUUGUAAGAAAUAUAGCGUAGAGCCAAGGGCCCCAGAGUUCUACUUCUCUCAGAAGAUGGACUACUUGAAAGAUAAGGUGCUACCCACCUUUGUAAAGGAUCGCAGAGCUAUGAAAAGAGAAUACGAGGAGUUCAAAGUAAGGAUUAAUGCAUUGGUGGCAAAGGCACAGAAGAAACCAGAAGAUGGAUGGGUGAUGCAGGACGGUACCCCUUGGCCAGGAAACAACACCCGUGAUCAUCCUGGCAUGAUUCAGGUAUAUCUUGGAAGUGAGGGUGCAUUAGAUGUGGAAGGGAAGGAGUUGCCACGGUUAGUGUAUGUUUCACGUGAGAAACGUCCCGGAUAUCAACACCACAAGAAAGCCGGUGCCAUGAAUGCCCUGGUUCGAGUUUCUGCAGUGCUUACCAAUGCACCUUUUAUGUUGAAUCUGGAUUGUGACCACUACAUCAACAAUAGCAAGGCUGUACGGGAAGCCAUGUGUUUUUUGAUGGACCCCCAGUUCGGAAAGAAACUUUGCUAUGUCCAGUUUCCUCAAAGAUUCGAUGGCAUUGAUCGACAUGAUCGAUAUGCUAAUCGAAACAUUGUGUUCUUUGAUAUCAAUAUGAAAGGCCUAGAUGGCAUCCAAGGUCCAGUGUAUGUUGGCACUGGAUGUGUCUUCAACAGACCGGCAUUGUACGGCUAUGAUCCUCCGGUAUCUGAGAAGCGGCCAAAGAUGACAUGUGACUGCUGGCCUUCAUGGUGCUGCUGCUGUUGUGGUGGUUCAAGGAAGUCAAAGUCAAAGAAGAAAGGUGAGAGAGGUUUGCUUGGGAGACUUUACCCUAAGAAGAAGAAAAUGAUGGGGAAGAGCUACUUGAAGAAAGGGUCUGGACCUAUGUUUGAACUUGAAGAUAUUGAAGAAGGGCUCGAAGGAUAUGAUGAGUUGGAGAAAUCAUCACUCAUGUCACAAAAGAAUUUUGAGAAAAGGUUUGGACAAUCACCAGUUUUUAUUGCUUCCACUCUUAUGGAAGAUGGUGGUCUUCCUGAAGGGACUAAUCAAGCAUCGCUUAUUAAGGAGGCCAUUCAUGUGAUCAGUUGCGGCUAUGAAGAGAAAACUGAAUGGGGAAAAGAGAUUGGGUGGAUAUAUGGCUCGGUCACGGAAGAUAUUUUGACAGGCUUCAAGAUGCACUGCAGAGGAUGGAAGUCAGUGUACUGCAUGCCAAAGAGAGCAGCUUUCAAGGGAUCAGCACCAAUUAAUCUAUCAGAUCGUUUACACCAAGUUCUGAGAUGGGCUCUUGGCUCUGUUGAGAUUUUCCUUAGUCGCCACUGCCCACUAUGGUAUGCUUAUGGAGGAAAAUUGAAAUGGCUGGAGAGAAUGGCUUACAUCAACACCAUCGUUUACCCUUUCACUUCCAUCCCUCUGCUUGCAUACUGCACCAUUCCAGCCGUCUGUCUUUUGACUGGAAAAUUCAUCAUCCCCACUCUCACAAACCUUGCUAGUGUAUAUUUCAUGGCUCUUUUCCUCUCCAUCAUAGUAACCGGCGUGCUCGAGCUUCGAUGGAGUGGUGUUAGCAUCGAGGAUUGGUGGCGCAAUGAGCAAUUCUGGGUGAUUGGUGGUGUUUCAGCACAUCUUUUUGCAGUCUUCCAAGGCCUCCUCAAGGUCCUUGCUGGAGUUGACACAAACUUCACAGUGACAUCAAAGGCAGCUGAAGAUGCUGAGUUUGGGGAGCUCUACCUCUUCAAGUGGACCACCCUUCUAAUCCCACCAACCACACUUAUAAUCAUGAACAUGGUGGGAGUCGUAGCCGGAGUUUCCGAUGCCAUUAACAAUGGCUAUGGCUCAUGGGGUCCAUUAUUUGGGAAGUUGUUUUUCGCCUUCUGGGUUAUAGUUCAUCUUUAUCCUUUCCUCAAAGGUUUAAUGGGCAGGCAAAACAGGACUCCUACCAUCGUAGUCCUUUGGUCCGUACUUCUUGCAUCAAUUUUCUCCCUGAUUUGGGUCCGAAUUGAUCCUUUCUUGCCAAAGCAAUCCGGACCAACCCUCAAACAAUGUGGAGUGGAGUGCUAGACAUGCUCUUUGUUCAUCCUUUCUUCCAAUGGUUCUCUUUAUAGUUUAUGAUGCCACUUGUUGCUUGUUUUAAUCCUCAAAUAUUCUGAGGCUUCCAAAGAGUGUUUGUUGUGCAUAGUCUUUAAAGAGAUAUUUUGAUGGUAAUGUACCAAAGGGGAGAGCCCUUGCCAAUAUGUACACACGAAGAUCAUAUAUAAGAAAAACUGAGAUAUGAAUUAUA